GGUAGGAUAAGUCAGUAGAAUAAGUCCAAGCACCGGAAUAAACCCCGGACAGGAACUCAUAGAAACUUUGCAACUAUCUACCUACAACUAACGAGCUUCUAAAAGAAGAGAAACGGGAUACACAAUCGGAGAAGCAAGGACUUUUUUCUUCUUUCUUAUCUAUUUUCAGAGGAAAUUUUCGUUUUAAAGGGAUCGCUUGAGAUUUCGAGAUGAUGCUGUGUGGCAUCUUUUUGCUGUUGAUGCUUUGGAGUUGUGAAGGCGCAAGACUGGCAGAGAGUCGAGAUGAAAACAGUGUGUAUGACUUAUUUGAUCUGGCCCGGGUAAACAAGAGACACAACGGUGUGAGUUUGGUCAAAGGUGCAGAUCCCUAUAGCCCUGCGUACAAAGUUCUGAAUGCAGACCUGAUCCCCCCAGUCCCCGACAGCUCCCUCAGGGACCUCCUUGACUCAAUCCAGGCUGAGAGAGGCUUCCUUCUCCUGGUCAACCUGAAGCAGUUCAAAAAAACCAGGGGCAGCAUUUUGACCAUUGAGAAGAAUGACGGAUCUGGACCCAUUUUUGAGAUCGUUUCAAAUGGAAAAGCAAACACUCUGGAUGUGGUCUACUCCACCAUGAGCCAGCAGCAGGUCGUGUCCAUCGAGGAUGCAGAUUUGGCCACUGGACACUGGAAGAACAUCACACUGUUCAUUCAGGAUGACCAAGUGCAGCUUUUUGUCGGCUGUGAGGAGAUCAACACAUCAGAGAUGGAUUUGCCAAUCCAUAAAGUGCUGUCUCAGGAAGUGGCAGACAUCGCUACACUCAGAAUUGGAAAGGGAGCUGUGAGGGACAGAUUCAUGGGAGUUCUUCAGAAUGUGCGCUUUGUCUUUGGGACCACUCUUGAUGCCAUACUAAGAAAUAAGGGAUGCCAUAGCGGAGCUACCUUAACAGAUGUCAUGACCCUAGACAACCCAGUCAACGGCUCGAGCCCUGCCAUUAGGACUGAUUACACUGGCCACAAAGCCAAAGAUGUCCUACAGUCUGUCUGUGGCUUCUCUUGUGAGGACAUCGCCAGCAUGUUUAAGGAGCUCAAGGGACUCGGUGUGGUUGUCAAAAAGCUGUCGAAUGAGCUCCGCAAAGUGUCUGAGGACAACAAUCUGCUGAAAAAUCAAAUGAACAUCCACAGUGGAAUUUGCAUCCACAAUGGUAUCGUGUACAAGGACAAAGAUGAAUGGACCGUUGAUGGCUGCACCGAGUGCACCUGCCAGAAUUCUGCUACUGUGUGUCGCAAAAUCUCCUGCCCUCUCAUCCCAUGUGCUAAUGCCACCGUGCCUGAUGGAGAAUGCUGCCCUCGCUGUGGAACACCAAGCGACUAUGCAGAGGAUGGUUGGUCCCCCUGGUCUGAAUGGACUCACUGUUCAGUGACUUGUGGUCGAGGCAUCCAGCAGCGCGGACGCUCCUGUGACCGCAUCAACAGCAACUGUGAGGGCACAUCUGUCCAGACCCGUGACUGCUACCCUCAGGAAUGUGACAAACGCUUCAAACAGGAUGGUGGUUGGAGCCACUGGUCUCCAUGGUCUUCAUGCUCUGUGACCUGUGGUGAGGGGGUCAUCACCCGGAUACGCCUCUGCAACUCGCCCACACCACAGAUGGGUGGCAUGGACUGUCAGGGAGAAGGACGUCAAACUGAAAUCUGCCAAAAGUCACCUUGUCCAAUUGAUGGAGGCUGGGGGCCUUGGUCACCAUGGGAUACCUGCACUCUUACCUGUGGUGGAGGAAUCCAGACCCGCAAACGUCUCUGCUCUGACCCUGUCCCCAAGUUUGGAGGAAAGGAUUGUGUUGGUGAUAAUACUAUGUCUCAAGUGUGCAACAAACAGGACUGCCCUAUUGAUGGUUGUCUCUCCAACCCAUGUUUCCUUGGCACAAAGUGCACAAGCUUCCCUGAUGGCUCCUUCAGGUGCGGCAGGUGCCCUCUUGGCUACACUGGGAAUGGCAUCAUCUGCAAAGAUAUUGAUGAGUGUAAGGAAGUCCCUGAUGCUUGCCAUACACAUAAUGGAGUCCAUCGCUGUGAGAACACUGAACCAGGUUACAACUGUCUGCCCUGCCCCGCACGUUUCUCCGGACCUCAGCCCUUUGGAAGAGGAGUGGAACAGGCAACUGCUAAAAAACAGGUUUGCAAACCCCGUAACCCUUGCCAGGAUGGCAGCCAUGACUGCCAUAAAAAUGCAAACUGCAUCUUCUUGGGCGUAUUCUCUGAGUCCAUGUUCCGCUGUGAGUGCAAACCAGGGUAUGCUGGUAAUGGCCGCAUUUGUGGAGAAGACAGUGACCUGGACGGAUGGCCCAAUACUGACCUGGUGUGCGUGGAGAACGCCACUUACCACUGCAAGAAGGAUAACUGCCCCAAUCUUCCCAACUCUGGCCAGGAAGAUCAUGACAAAGAUGGCCUGGGUGAUGAAUGUGACCAUGAUGAUGACAAUGAUGGGAUCCCCGAUGAUAGGGACAACUGCCCAAGAGUGUACAACCCUGCCCAGUAUGACGCAGACAGAGAUGAUGUUGGAGAUCGCUGUGACAACUGUGUAUUUGAGGCUAACACUGACCAAACAGACACUGACAACAACGGAGAGGGUGAUGCCUGUGCUGUUGACAUUGAUGGUGAUGGCAUUCUGAAUGAGAACGACAAUUGCCCAUAUGUUUACAAUGUGGACCAGAGAGAUACUGACCGGGAUGGUGUGGGAGACCAUUGUGACAAUUGCCCUCUGGAGCACAACCCUGAUCAGAUUGACUCUGACUCAGAUCGCAUAGGAGACAAGUGUGACAACAACCAGGACAUUGAUGAGGAUGGUCACCAGAACAACUUGGACAACUGUCCCUACAUACCCAAUGCCAAUCAGGCUGACCACGACAAGGAUGGCAAGGGUGACGCCUGCGACCAUGAUGAUGACAAUGAUGGCAUUCCUGACGACAAAGACAACUGUAGGCUGGCCUUUAACCCUGAUCAGUUGGACUCGGAUGGUGAUGGCCGAGGUGAUGUGUGCAAAGAUGAUUUUGACCAAGACAAUGUUCUGGACAUCUAUGAUGUGUGCCCAGAGAACUUUGCCAUCAGUGAAACAGACUUCCGCAGAUUUCAAAUGGUUCCUCUGGACCCCAAGGGCACAUCCCAGAUUGACCCCAAUUGGGUGGUCCGGCAUCAGGGCAAGGAGUUGGUGCAGACUGUCAACUGUGAUCCUGGCAUUGCAGUCGGUUACGACGAGUUCAGCGCUGUAGAUUUCAGUGGAACAUUCUUCAUCAACACGGACAGAGAUGACGACUAUGCUGGGUUUGUGUUUGGCUACCAGUCCAGCUCACGCUUCUACACAGUGAUGUGGAAACAGAUCACACAGACCUACUGGUCCAACACACCCACAAGAGCUCAAGGCUAUUCUGGCCUGUCAAUCAAAGUGGUCAACUCCACCACGGGGCCUGGUGAGCAUUUGAGGAAUGCCUUGUGGCACACUGGAGAUACCCCAGGACAGGUGCGCACUCUGUGGCAUGACCCCAAGAACAUUGGCUGGAAGGACUUCACUGCCUACAGAUGGCAUCUGACCCACAGACCCAAGACUGGGCUUAUUAGAGUGGUCAUGUAUGAAGGCAAGAGAAUCAUGGCUGAUUCUGGUAACAUCUAUGACAAGACAUAUGCUGGUGGACGACUGGGCUUAUAUGUCUUCUCUCAGGAGAUGGUUUACUUCUCAGAUCUCAAAUAUGAAUGCAGAGAUACAUAAUUGAACCACAGAGCCUUCUGGACAGAAUCAAGUAUGUCAAGUAUGAAUAUAUAAGACCUGGAUCGAUAUCUCUAACUUUUUCUUUUGAAAAAUGCACAUUAGAGGAAUGACAAGCAAGAGAACUAAUGUGAGGUAAACCGACCUCAGGACUUUAAGCCAAAUGAAAGUUAAAUGAUGAUUCUGCACCACUGCACCAAACUCAAAUUGUGAGCGCUGCUUUGCUCAGAAGAAAUUGGCCCUCUCACUUUGUUGCUCUGAUCGGGGGUGGGGGGGUACACAUUUUGUUGCUUUGCACACCUGAACUGAUAUUGGUUGUUGGUAUUCCUCUGUGCAUGAGGGACCAAAGGCAAGAGUGUUCUAUGUUUUUCAUUUUUUUCUAAUAUUUUUUAAAAUUGAUGUACAUCUGCUGUGGACUUAAAGAUCAUUGUGUCAGGAUGAAGAAAGCAGUGGGAGAACUUACUUAGGUUGGGAUAAAUAUACAUGUUGAAGGAACUGUUGAGGGACCGUGGACAGUAUGGACUGACUGUUACUAUCAAAGAGAAUGAAUGUUGUUUGUGUGUUUGUGCCUGUGUGCCACCCAACAAGCAUAGUUUUGAAAACAACCGCGUCAAUUUUUAAUUUCUCGCCCCACUUUUGUGCAGACCUGUACGUACAAGGUCUUGUAUUUAGUCAAGGCUUAGGGCUGGCCAAAAACAUUUGUCUUCUCAGGAAAGAGCACCAGAAGAAACAAAGAGAGCACAAAAUUCAGGACAGCACAGGGCCCCAAAGUAGGUGCACUGAACACUGCUUUGGAACAGUAAUUAUUAGCAAAUAUUGCAUUAAUAUCUCUAAUCUUUACUGACAUUGUCAAGGGACGUAAACAGCAAGGGCCAGUCUAUUUCCUGUCAUGACUAAACCUUCGUAAGUAUAGCUGUAUUAUUACUUAUUCAUCAUAAAGGCUUUGUUUCUUGCUCAUCUCUGCAUGUCACUUGUCAUCCUAAAAUGUUGUCAGUAACGUAUUCCAGUUAACUGAAAUCAGUAUCCCCUAAUGGCAAGAUAUACUAUUACAUUUGACCAAAACACUUACAGUAUCUCUAAAUAUUCUGCUUCCGCACAGUGUGCAUGACUGGUGUGCCUGAGCUUGUGUGUACAUUUGUGAUGAGGGAAAAUUAAAGGAAACCCUUUAUGUACAAAUAUUACCUCAUUAAUUCUUUUUGUAUUGAGGCCAGCAAUACACAAGAAUCACUUUUCUUAACAACAGAGUAUAAAUUGGUUGGCUUUUUUUUUUAACAAGACUUUAGUAUCAUUUAUAUGCUGUAUAUAAGAUAUUUUUGUAGCGAAAGCAGCCCAAACAGGAACUUAAAGGAUUAAAGAAAUGUUGUCUUGAUUUUGUUGUGCUAUAUGUAUUUCCUGUGCAUUGUUUGAUAAAUUAUUGUUGUAUGUUGAGGUUUUUUCAUUGUGUAGAUAUAUGCUAUUUAAAUAAUUUAUCUAGAAGCGUAGCCUCAUAUGGAAGCGUUUCUGUCUGUAUAAACUUAUUUGCACACUGA